AUGGGCUCCGCAUUCUUGCACAUCCAUUGCCCUUGCGCGGACUCAAUCACCACCAUCCCCCCUUUACCGCCGUCCUCCUCCACAGCAUCCGCACACCCCGACACAUCCACUCACCCCCCGGGGCCUCCAUCUCUCGCCGCCGCCGCCGCCGAAGCCGAAGAAGAAGUGGAAGAUUCGCUCUGGGAUCCCAAAGCCCCUCGAAGCCAAUUCAACACAUUUCCUUUAUCCAAUUUAUAUUUCUGUGAGGAGUGCCAGAGUAUACGAUGUCCGAGAUGUGUUCAGGAAGAAGUCGUGUGUUGGUUUUGUCCGUGGUGUAUGUUUGAGGUGCCGGCUACUAACGUCCGGAGUGAUCAUAAUCGGUGCGCCCGAAAUUGUCUGGAAUGCCCACGAUGUAGCGCACCGCUCUCCCUGCACCCCCUCCCUACCACCACUACUCCCUCAGACCCAGCAACUGGAGGCCACCUGGUGUGCGACAACUGCGACUACACCUCCUCCUCCUCCCACGCCAUCACCUUCCCAAAACCAACCCAACUUGUCCACCAACUCCACAAACUCCAUCCCACACCCCCUGAAACCCGAUUCGACGAGCUGCGCAAACACUGGAUGUUGAAGGAAGCUAGUUCGGGAAGGGACGAGAAAGUUAGGAUGGGGAUGGAGAGGUUGAUGGGGGUGUAUGCGGCUCGGUUGGGCGGUGGGGUUGUAGGGAGGGCUACGGCGAGGAUACGGAGUGGGAGUGUGGAUGUUGGUGAGGGGAGGAGUGGACUAACCCCGCCCUCUACCGCUGUACCGGAGGUUGAGGCUGCACGUUAUGUCGACACAGCCACCGAGUCCUCCCAUCUCGAAGCUCUACAGCGGAUGCGAACGCUGGAUACCCACGACACGCUUCCAGGGCAAGAGCUCCGACCACAACCGCCGUUGUUGAGGACGAAGCGCGCGAAGAGGUGCCGAGAAUGCCGUCACAUCCUCGUCAGACCCGAAUCCAAACCCGUCAGCAUCCGCUGGCGAAUGGGCCUCUUCGCUAUGAACUACGUUCCCUCCAUCUCCAUCUCCCCCCUCUCCUCUUCCUCCAGCACGAAGAGGUUUCUGUUGAAAGUCACCAACCCCCUCUUCGACCCCAUCCAAAUCUUCCUCGCUACGCCCUCGACGACACACUCCGGCGGCCAGGUGACGCUGACUUGCCCAGAAUUCACGGUGGGGGCGAAUGAGGAUGUCGUGUUGCCUUCACUUAGUGAUCUGAGAGUUGGGAGUGGGAGCAAGCGGGAGGAGGGCGAGGAGGAGAAGAGGGGGAGGAGCGAGGGGGGUGGGGUUUGGGAUGAGGGGAUGAAUUGGGGGAGGGUUUUGGUGGAGAUGAGCGCAAUGGUCGGUCAGGAGUUGGAGGGAGAGGGAGCGGGAGUGGAAUUGCCGUUUUUUGUGAGAGUUAGGUAUGCUACGGAGGAGGGGAAGGAGAAAGAGAAGGAGAGGGAGUUGGGGUUUUGGGCGGUUGUUGGGUGUUAA